AUGCACAUUUCCUCCAUCGUCGCCCUUGCAGGCCUGGCCAAGCUGGCCCUGGCAGACUCCGGCUGCGACACCGACAUUCCUCCAGCCUUCCCCAGUCCUGGCUCCAGUAAGUCGUUGCAUCUGCCCGACAGCGACCGCGAGUACAUCCUCUACAUCCCUGAGACAUACAACACCAGCACGCCCGCCCCGCUGUAUUUCUCCUUCCAUGGCGCCACCAGGGACAUGGCUUCACAGGAGGCCCUGUCUCAGUUCUCGAAUCCCAAAUUCAACAAGGAUGCAGUAGUCGUUUACCCCAAUAGCAAGAAUGGGUACUGGUUGUCGAAUCCCAAGGCGGACGCCUCGCACCCGGACGAUCUGGAUUUCACGCACCAGCUCCUCACGCAUAUGGAGGAGAAGCUCUGUAUCGACUCGAGCAGAGUCUACUCGGUUGGAAAGUCCAACGGUGGCGGCUUUACUAAUGUCAUCGCGUGCAAUGAUACCGUUAGGGCCCGUUUCGCUGCGUUUGCUUCCGUCAGUGGUGCGUACUAUGACGCUGAGUCUGCACCGGAUGUGCCCCCUUGUGAGCCUGCAGAUCGUGAUGAAGGGUUUCCUUUCCUUGAGUUCCAUGGGGAGGGCGAUACCACGGCGCCUAUUGAUGGGAAUACGAAUGAGAACCGCAAGGUGCCUAUCAUUGAUAUCCUCAACCUCUGGGUCGAGAACAAUGGGUGCGAGCAGAACGCUCCCCCGGCGGAGAAUAAGACUGUCUUUGAGGAUCCGGUGGUGAAGCACGUCGUUUGGAACUGUGGUGGGAAGGAUGGGAUUGUUCAGCACUAUCGCGAGGGCAAUAACGGCCACUGCUGGCCCAGUAAAGAGGGAAACAGUGACUUUGAAGACCAUCCAGACCAGUGUCCCAUGGGGAACUAUGUCUUUGACGCGACAGAGUGUAUUGUCGACUUCUUCAGCAAGUACAAGCUGAACUCGUGA